AAGUCUGGCCACUGACGUCGAAAAGUGUCAGUAUACCCUGGACCGACCGAUUCCAGCAACGCGCUGAUCCCUGUGUGUCUCAGUAUCUCGUGAAAAACGGCAGUGCAACUAUAUAAGUUUCGUUUUACCAAGUUCUCGUCUUUUUAAGGAUCACGCGAUUCUUCUGCACAGCAGCGAAAACACUGGAAGCGUUCAUGAAUGGAUCGAUAAGAACGUCAUUGGCAGUGUGUCGCGUGUGAAUACAGCAUUUUGUGCACGUUUUUAAACUUCCUUCGUUCCAAGGAGAAAAGUCUCCGGCAAAGUUUCUUCCACGAGCAACAAAGUUUCGUCGAUAACAGUUCCCCGUUUUUUUUUUCUUCUUCUUCUUCUUCUUCUUUCUUACCACCGUUCUCUUUCUUAUCCCUUUAUUUUCCCUGCUUUUUUCUUCCUUCUUGUUUUUCGCUCGAAGGAAAGAAACGGACUCGGAUUUGUUUUAUGCCGACGCUUUGAAGUUCCGUAGAAAGAGGGAGAGAGUUGAACGUAUAAUUCUCUGGGCAUGGAGCAGUUCGAGCAACUGCUAACGUGCGCGAUAUGCCUGGACCGGUACAGGAACCCGAAGCUUUUGCCAUGCCAGCACAGCUUCUGCAUGGAACCGUGCAUGGAUGGCCUCGUUGACUACGUGCGUCGACAAGUGAAAUGUCCAGAAUGUCGAGCGGAACAUCGUAUACCCUACCAGGGUGUACAGGCCUUCCCGACCAACGUGACCCUGCAAAGAUUCUUGGAAUUGCACAUCGAGAUCACUGGGGAGCUACCAGACCCGACCAGCGGUCAAACAAUGGAACGUUGCGGCGUUUGUUCGGAGAAGAGCUACUGCUCCCUCUGCGUCCACUGUGAGAAAAAGUGCUGCCCUGAAUGCAAGGACGCUCACAUGGACAUCCUCAGGCGUGAAAUCACGCGCAUCAAUUCCCAGAUACGCAGGGGGCUGCACAGGUUGCAGGACGCGCUGGCUUUGGUGGAGAAAAACACAUUGGGACUACAAACAAACUGUGCCUCGGUCGCGGAAGAGGUGGACGAGAUUUAUCGGAGGCUGAGCAAGGCUUUGAAAGACCGUACGGAACAUCUGCGUAACGAGGUCGAUCGAUACCUGGGCACAGAGCUCAGAGGCUUGAUUCAGCUCAAAGAGAAUCUGGAAUUGGAAAUCGCGAAUAUCCAGAGCAACUGCGAUUUGGCGGAGGCUCACAUCAAUGAAAACGUGCCAUGGGACGAUUCCGAACUCCUCGAUACAAAAGAGCUUUUCCUGCGUACGGUGGAAUUCAUCAGGAACUUCGAGUACGAAGCCGGGGAUUACAGUCGGCGAGUGCGUUUCGUGAUGGCGCACGAUCCGAACCAACUGGUCCUCCAUGUAGCCGGUUACGGCGAACUGAAUAUCAAGCCAGAAACCGGAAGCGGAGGAUUGCUGGGUAGCUCGAGCAGUCUAGCACCUCCCGGAGGAUCACCGGGUCUCAUGAGAAGCAAAAGCGACCACCGUCUGGCUUCGCAAUACCGGCAGCAAGAGGAAGAGCGACUGGCGAGAAAUCGAUACGUGCCCGAAUACGAGUACGAUGCACCAGAAUACGAAGUGCCGAGGAACAAAUCGAGAUACAGAAGUCGAUUUAUGCGACAUCGGGACGGGGACGAUUCGGAUGGCGACUCGAGGUCGACCGUGAGGUUUACGUCGACGCCACAGGAGCCCUCGGGACUUCGUGAACGUGUCCUGGACACAGAAGACGCGGCACGCGGGCCACUUUCCGGGAUUUUUCGACUCACAGACUCGCCGCGUAUUAUGAAGAAGCUUCAAGAAUACGAGAGAGCCGGAAAAAGAAAGAAGGAGGAACCGGUGUCACAUCCUGCUCAACAACCUCAACCACCAAAACCUCAGGUCCAAGUCAGAAAAGUGCCGACAGCGAUGGCGAGACAAACCAGCGAGGAUGACGAGAUUUCUAGGAUUAAAAAGCAGAACAAAACGGCGGCCACACCUGCGACUGAAACGCUGGAAGAACGACAACCAGUAUCCACACCUACACCUGUUCAUCCGCCUCCAAGGGAACAGUCUGAACGAGAACCGGAAGAACCUGCACGAAGACCGAUGCCCGCGAGGAGAACUUCCACGGAUACCCACACUCCUGCGACGAGAAGCGCUUCAUCAGACUCGAGCACGGGCUCCGAGAGCUCAGGAGGAUCAGGAAUCCGCAGCACGGGUGCACCAUUCACCGCCGAGGAAAUGAAGCAGAAAUACUUGUCGAGAGCACCGACGUCGAACGCAACAUCUACGAUCUCGUCGCCGCACAGCGGCACACCACCGACUGCCAAAGACACCGCCAACGCCUCUCCCACUUCGCGAUCCUUUCAGAGCCGUUUUUUAGGCGCAGGUAACCGUGCAGCCCCGCCGCCACCCACGCAACCACCUCCAGCAGCGCGAGAGGAAACGGCCAUAAAGAAGAAGGAGGAAGAGGAGGAGGACGACGAGGAAACUAGUAGUUCCUCGGAGGAGACGGAAUCCGAGACUGAGGAGGAAUCGGAAACCGAUGCACAUCCGUCGGGCACGACGACCUCGACAACACCCUCGACCACUGCACAGGAUCGUCAGAGAAGCGAAUCCGCGAUGGCGAGGACAGAUAUCGGGCCUCUGCUCGCUCGAAGCGCAGAAGCUAGACGAGGUAGCAAGGAAGACUCUCCUACGACCAGGUAUUCGUCGCCGAGAGGAAGUCCCGCGCAUUCGGUGACGAGCCCGACAACUACGACGACCACGACGCCGACGGGCGGCGCCGCGACAACGCCGGCCGGCUACACCAGCAGGACGUUUAGUGACGAACACGAUGAACCGUCAAACACCGAUCGUGUCGAGGAUUACGAAAUCGCGGCUAAGAACGCGGAUUACGAUAUUGUCGGUGCAGACGGAUCGAUGGUUAAACCGCAGUCGAACAAACGAACCUAUAUACCGGACGAUAGUACGGACACCGACGAAACGAUCACCUCAUCCUCCUCCUCCUCCGCCACUAGAUUCAAAAGUCUCGAAGGUAACGGUAACGAUAGUCGAGUAGAGAACCGCAGAGAGGUCAACGAAGACGCGUUAAUGGAAGGUCGUUCGGGGAACGACGUGAACUCUUCGUUAUCCGCUUGGACCGACCGACGAGCGUCGCUCGCUCAGCCAGCUACAAUCCGAGAUAAUGGAUACCAGCCAGAUAAGACUGCGAGUUCCAAUGGAUCCCUGGAAACCUCGCGAGAGACGACCAUCAACGGUGACGGAAGGAAAUACGCGAAUGGGUCGAGCGAUAAAUCCAACAACGUGGAAUCGAGUUCGGAGAGCGAAUCCGAGAGCGCCACCGAGAGCGCCACCGACAGCGACUCUGAAAGGGACGAGGAAGAGGACAAAGAAUCCAGAGACGAGAAUAGUAACAUAAUGAAUAAAAAGACUGAAAAGCCGGAGCAAGGUCGAGCCUCGGACAUCCAACACCUGAACGAUACCAACAGUGAGGAUGAAUCGACCAGUUCGGAGACCGACGAUCAGACUACCGUAUUAAGCGUACCGUCCAACUCUCAUUCCGAAAAUAGUUACACCGUUCUGGAACGAUACGACGAUAGAAGCACGAAGCGGCGAAGCUCCUCGAUACUCGAUGACAAAAGUAUCGAGGAAUUGUUCGACGACAACGGAUGGGUGAUUACUGAUCAGGAUCUGCAGGCAGAGAAACCUCGGAGGAUCUCCAAAGAUUUCAAGUCGGUCGAUCGCAAUGACUCAGGCAUAAACAACGAAAACACUGACAACGAGUCAUCCUCGAACGACGAGAAAAGUAACAUUCUGGAUAGCGAUACGAUCGACAAGGAGGAUAACGAAAAGACUGAAAACGAGAACGCGUUAAGUAUAUCCGAAUCGUCUGAAAGUUUAUCGAGAAGUCGAGCGUAUAGACAAAGUAGCAUUGGCAAGAACGGUUGGCUAGUGUCGGACGAAUCGGAGACUGAAUCUGACAGAGCCACUUCACCCGUGGAAAAUGCUGCGAUCCGAACUGAGACCGAUACGACUGAGGCUUCGAAGAAUGUAGCGAGUAUCGAGGAUGAGAGAAUGAAUGACGACGAUGCGUCAACACCGACGUCGACCACGGUGAAAGAGAAAAAAUCUGAAAGUGGGAAAGAUUCGAUCGUGGCCGACAACGUCGACGAGAACGGUUGGGUGAUUCUAAACAAGGUGAACAACUCGUCUACGGGGAAAAAUAUCGAGGGCGGAAGCAUGGACGAGACGAGCACGAUUCGUUCCCAAACGACCGACCUCGUAGCGAGAACUAACAUUGAGAACGGUGCAUUAGUCGCGAACGCUACCCAAUCCAAAGAGACCGAGACUUGCAACGAGCACGAGGACACGCCUGGUGUCGAUAUCACUAUACCGAUGCAAAUGGUUCCUGAACAAGAGCAGAAGCCAGGCGGCGAUGAUGGCGAGUCGGGAACGAGAACGGGAGCGCGAAAGAGAACGAGAACGCGAACGAGAACGCGAAAGGGAAAGAGAACGGGAGAGAGAACGCGAACGAGACGCGGACACGGAGGUCGAUUCGCCGCUGUCGACGAGGUCACGGUACGCCGCGUUGAAAGAAAGAAGACAACGGCUGGCUCGGUCCAGAAGCUCGCACAACUUCGGCGGAGAUGACCUCGACCUCGACGAAGAGCCACCCUCUCCGACGACCCAGUCGCCGAACGCUUACUUGGCUGCCAAGUACGGAGCCGGCUCUGAACUGGCCAGAAGUCGGAGUACUCACGCCUUAAAGUCGAGAGAACCGAGUCCGGAGCGUGAUAGGGUUGGCACAGAGAAGGAUGGCGCAGCUUUGAGUUCGUGGGCACGAUACUUGAAGAACAAAUACGGGAAUCGCACCACCAAAGACAA